AUGUUCGUUAGAGACCCUUGUGGGAUAGUUUGUAUCCUUGUAACGUAUUUAGCUGUAUUUUACGCUGAUUAUGUUAUCAUACAAUGGGUUGUUCUUCAGACUAUGGUCGACAGCUUGUGGGGUACAUUCAAUGUGGUCAUGUUCAACACUGUCAUAUUCAUGUUAAUUAUUGCACAUAUUAAGGCAGUAAUCACAGAUCCAGGAACCAUACCACUUCCACAGACCAGGGUGGAUUUUUCUGAUAUACAUUCCUCAGAAUCUGGCUGUGAGUUUGUGAAUUGGACUGCAUGUGUGAGAUGUGAGACUUACAGACCUCCAAGGGCUCAUCAUUGUCGAAUUUGCCAAAGGUGCAUUAGAAGGAUGGAUCACCAUUGCCCUUGGAUUAACAACUGUGUGGGAGAGAGGAAUCAAAAGUACUUUAUUCAGUUUUUAAUUUAUGUAGGUGCUUUAUCAAUUUAUGCAAUUACUUUAGUAGUAGUGUCAUGGAUGAAGGAGUGCAAAGACUGUUCCCAAGAUAUUCCAUUGAAACAAACCAGGAUUAUGCACAGCAUAAUACUCCUACUUGAAAGUGCUUUGUUUGGGAUGUUUGUGACCGCCAUUUUGGUUGAUCAGCUUCAAGCCAUUCUCACUGAUGAGACAGCUGUGGAACAGGUGCAGAAGCAGGGCCCGUACAGGCCGCACCGCAGCAAGAUGGCGCUGCUGGGCGAGGUGUGCGGCGAGGACCACCCCACGCUGUGGCUGCUGCCCUGCUGGGCCGCCCCCCGCAAGGCGGAGCCGCCCCUCGUCGACUACGAGGUUUGAGGGGGCGGCCGGGCGGCUACUCUUGUUGAUCUCUCGUUGUCUUCUUCCACGUAUGGGGUUUGAUCGUCCGUUUUUGUGCUGAAUUUUGACUGAAAUGAUGUAGGGAUUUUCUCCGAGGGAUUCUGUUUUUUGAAAAUUUGACGUUUUGUUUUGCGCGAAGCGCUGAAUGCCCAACAAAAAAUUGCAUUUUUCUUCAUCAAUAUAGAAGUUCAGUCAGAGAUGAGUUACUCUUCUCUGGUUCAGCUAGCGUGUUCUAGGGUUCCUUGAUGUAAAUUGACGUAUUUGUCAUCUUAACAGGGUACGGACAGAUCCUCGUCUCCUCUC